CCGAGGCAAGUUGGUGCGGCGGCAGCGACGGCGGCGGCAAACGAAACAGCGACAGUCGAGUUGGUGCAUUGACCAAGCUAAGUGCCAUUCUGGUGUUAGCAAGAGUAGCAGCCAUUCGCAUCCUCCCCCUUCCUUCGUGUGUGUGUAUCUGCCGUGCACGCGCGCUCCGGAUCGCCGAAGCUCUCCGUUUUUCUUUUUAUCUCGUAAUUUUGAAAAGGCUUCGAGACGCGGCGCUCCACGCAAGGCCGUAGUGCAUCAUCUUCUAAGAUGGUGAAAAUGGAGCAUGAUGAUGGCAAAAACGAGCCUGAACAUGUUCGGAAGCUUUUUAUCGGAGGUUUGGAUUACCGUACUACAGAUGAUUCCUUAAAGAAGCAUUUUGAACAAUGGGGUGAUAUUGUUGACGUAGUAGUUAUGAAAGAUCCCAAGACCAAACGCUCCCGUGGCUUCGGAUUUAUUACUUAUUCAAGAGCACACAUGGUUGACGAUGCCCAAAACGCAAGGCCUCACAGAGUCGAUGGACGAGUAGUAGAACCCAAGCGCGCUGUUCCAAGACAGGAGAUUGGAAGACCUGAAGCUGGUGCAACUGUAAAGAAAUUGUUUGUUGGUGGUUUGAAGGAUGACCAUGAAGAAGAUGAUCUUAGAAUGUACUUCCAGAGCUUUGGUAAUAUUAAUUCUGUCAGUAUUGUUACUGAUAAAGAGUCUGGCAAGAAGCGUGGUUUUGGCUUUGUUGAAUUUGAUGACUAUGAUCCAGUUGACAAAAUUUGUUUACAACGAAACCAUCAAAUCCGUGGAAAACACGUUGAUGUUAAAAAGGCUCUGAGCAGGGCAGAAAUGGCCUCAGCGACAGGAGGUGGAGGUGGUGGUGGCGGCGGUGGCGGUGGCGGUGGCGGAGGUGGCGGUAGUCGUGGCGGUCAAUCGAGUGGACGCGGACCUCGUGGAAGCAAUCAGAGCGGCAGCAGUUGGGGUGGUCGGGGUGGCGGUGGUGGUGGUGGAGGUGGUGACUGGAACCAAGGUGGCAACCAAGGCGGUUACGGUGGUGGCAAUCAGGGUGGAUGGGGCAAUAAUGGCCCAUGGGAAAAUCAAAAUCAAGGCGGCGGAGCCUGGGGUGGUGGCCAGGGUGGUCAGGGUGGAUAUAAUAGUGGUGGCAAUUGGAGUAAUGAUAAUUUUGGUGGUGGCUACCAACAAGGUUAUGGUGGCGGACCAGUAAGAAAUAACUUCAAUUCGAGUGGAAGGCCGGCGCCCUACGGUGGUUCCGGCUCAUCAGGCGGCGGAGGAGGUGGUGGCGGCGGUGGCGGCGGUGGUUACGGAGGGGGUAGCCAAGGUGGCUAUGGCGGUGGUUCCAUGGGCGGCGGUAUGGGGGGAGGUGGCGGCGGCGGUGGCAGAAGAUAUUAAAAGACUAACUGGAAGACCAUGAAAUGCUCCCCGACUCUCGAUACGGUGAAUCCCAUUCUACUUCUUGUCUUAGCAGUACUGCGGUACUGUAUUAGUAUUGGAGCAGGCAGGGAUAAGCAGGCAUACAGGCUAGAG